CAGCAAGCAGCUUCUGGGUUUUGCUUUCAAGCGCACUCCUGCUGAAUCGGUGCGCGUGAGUGUGUAUGUGUGUGCGUGUGUGUGUGUGUGCGGGGCGUUCACUCUCGAUCCUACCACAGUGGAGGCAGCGUCGGCCCCGAACAAAAGGCUAAACGCGGCAGAGCCACAGGAGGAGAAAACUCAGGGAUAGAAAGCAGUCUGAGUGGCCCAGCGUGACUGCACCUCUCAGGGAGGAACUCAACCUGCCUUUCAGCACCUCCUGGCCCCGGCGUGGAGACAGAACCCGGCUGCCUGCCUGUCUCUCUGAUCUGAUCUCUCUCUUCCUCAGCUGUUCAGUCUUUCACCUUGUCUUUCAUCUAGACACACCUCAGUCUCUGAGAUUCCUACACCUGCACUUCCACACCUGGGCGUCUCUCCUCUUCAUCCAGCCGCACUUCAAGAUGUCAGACGAUGACUGCCGCUCGCCCAUCGGCCUGGACUGCUGCAGCUGCUGCCUGGACCUGGCAAACGGCUGCGAUGACUCCUUGUCCAGCAGCCCGGCCCAGGGCCUCGGUACCAACGGGGGCCUGCCGGCAAGCCCCACCAGCCCCAGUGUCAGCCACUUUCGCCAGCUCCGUAACCAGCUGAUGUACCAGAACCUGAACACGGACAAGCUGAACAACAUCAUGAGGCAGGACUCCCUGGAUUCGGUGGUGAGGGACCCCUGCUUCCUGCUCAACGAGGGGAUCUGCAACAGCAACAUUGACCAGACCAUGCUGUCUAUCCUGCUCUUCUUCCACAGUGCCUCUGGUGCUAGCGUUGUGGCCAUCGACAACAAGAUCGAACAGGCGAUGGACCUGGUCAAGAACCACCUGAUGUACGCUGUUCGCGAGGAGGUGGAGAUCCUCAAGGAGCAGAUCAAGGAGCUGGCGGAGAAGAACAACCAGCUCGAGAGGGAGAACUACCUGCUGAAGAACCUGGCCAGUCCGGAGCAGCUGGAGAAGUUCCAGUCCCGCAUUCCGACAGACGUGCUCUUGGACAAUCAGAGCGGCCAGGUGACCCCGGACCAGCAGCAGACCUUCAUCCACAGCACUGGCUCUGCUGUGUAAGUGGCUCUGCCUUGGGGCGGGCAGAGCCACUGUCUCCUAACAGUAAUGGACCUCCAUUUUGAAUGAAGUGUUACGAAAUCCGCAGCCGCUGAGGAAAAACCCCUUCGAAAGCUUCGGCGAAGGUCGAAGCGUCGGGGCUGCAAACGAUCGAUGCAACACAAAAGAACUGUUGACUCUGAUAAGCACAAACCAGAACUUGAGACGCUCUGACCUGUGCGGUGUCGGGGGGCUCCCCCGCCUCCUCCCCGUCCUCUGAUACCGUCCAACUCUUUGUCGUAGUCUCCGUGUAGACAAAAGCGCUGAGAAAUGUAGAGAGCGGCUGACUAGACACCGAUGAGCGCUUGCUUUCAGACAGUUGGUUUGAGAGGGGUGGGCUUUCCCUGCCUGGCCGAACCCUUCCAACAAAACACCCUUCGCUCCAGAGAUGGGUGCGAGGAGGUGUCGAUCGGGCUGGCCCUGCAGGCGCCAACCUGGAAAGUGUGUGUUUGUGUGUGUGUAUGGGGGGGCGGGUUGCUCCCUGCACACCCAAAGGGGGGAGGCCUAUCCGAGACGGUCCUCCAUGUCUCAACAAGAAGAGCCCCCAUCGUGUGGAUUUGUCCGAUCUCCAGUACAAGUUUCAAGGACUCUCCCGGCCACACAUUUCAGCCGACAUAUCGAGGACUUUCCUGUACCUACAAUGUAUUGCUCACGUGUUCAUGUACAUUUAAGCAUAACAAGAAUAAUCAACAGGAUAAGCUAUAAGGCAACAUGAGGUGGAGGUUAACGCAGCGUAGCCUGCUAGAGCUGGUGGAUCGCUGCAGUAGACUGAUGUAAUUUGUACUCUUGUAUUUUCUGCAGAUGGGGCUUGCUGCUUUUUUAUGGGGGAAGUUAAUCCUGCUAUAUCUCCUGUUUUUUUUUUGUUUGUGAUUCCGAACAAAAAAAACAGUCUGUAAAAAAAGAAUAGGAGCAUUGUACAGUGGUCUUAAAAAGAUUGUUGUUUUGUAAUCUAGGGGGGCCUAGCUCCUCCACCGUAAACUACAAUGUACAUAAGAGUUGGAAAGAAAACGUCCGGAAGCUGGUGGAGAUGUUGAGCGAAAGCAAGACGGCGGCGUUUUUUUAUUCGUCGCUGCAGAUGCACUCCUGAUUACUUUUUUUUUUUUAGCAGCGUCGACCAGGUCCAGUUCUUGCUCAGAUGCCAACUUGAAAACAAUGGCAUGACACCAGUGCCUGUCCGUAGUAAGGAGGAACACAUUUCCUUCCACUGUGCUCUGUUGUUGUUGUUGUUGUUGUUGUUUUUCCUCUAGCUACCAAAGACUUUUUGCUUGUUUUUUUUCUUUUCUUUUUCUUUUUUUUUUUUUUUGUACUGACACAACAACAGAAGCCGAGCAAACCAGGACCAUGUGUAACAGUUCACAGGGAGAAGCUAGUGCUAAAGUUUCUAAUGUGUUUUUUUUUGUAAGGAUAACGGUCUUGUUGCUGUAAUGUAUCCUGGAAACAAGUUGUUCACUAUGGUGUUUGGAUACGACUGCACAUUUGCAAUAAACCUUAUGUUUACAUAAUACGA